UGUACGCUCCUACGUUCAAACUACCUACAAUCAACAUGUUCAAGUCUCUGUUGUUCGCCGGAUUAUUGGCCGUCGCCAUGGCCGCCCCGUCGCCGGUACCAGCUCCAGUUCCGGCUCCGGCUCCAGCUCCAGCACCAAGCUCAGCAGCUUUGAUCGGUGCUCCAGUCGCGGCUGCUUCAUGGGGGGCGGCUUUGAGCUCCAACAUCGCGGCUCCUCUCGUCUACACGAGUUACCCACCGCCCCUACCCCUAGCCGGUUACAUACCCUCGUCGCCUUACAUCUAUAAGAGCUACAUUUACUAA